GCGCUCUCGCCCCGUAAACAUGCCUGGAACGCACCUGAUUGCGGUGGAGGCAUCUAGAUUCAAAAAUAAAUAGAUUUCCACCAUGGAUAAUAAGUAUACGGUUCUUCGAUUAGCUCUCGCCCGUUUAUGAAUCGGGGUGUAGCGACCUAUCGCUGCGAGGGACGGCGAUACCAGUGACGGUCGCUAGGGGAGGGAGCUCCGACGUGCCGGCCUUCGACGAGCGUCCUUGUUGACUGUCGCCGACCGGUUUGGUGCCGUGCAGUGCGGCUAAGUGCUACUUCGGUGCGCGGGACGGCAGCAGUCACGCGGAGUGGGCAGCAGAAGCCAUGGACAGCAGUGGAUAUCCUGGACACUUGAACGAGAAACAGCAGUUGGCGCUCGAUGAGCUCAAGAGCCGCCUGGUGGACAUAAGAUCUGACGAGCACACAGACUCAUUCCUGCUUCGCUGGCUCCGAGCUCGAGAUUUCGAUGUUGCCAAGGCUGAGAACUUGCUGCGAGAGGACAUUAAGUGGCGGGCAGAGAAAGACAUCGGCUCCAUCACAAAGACGUACAAGAGCUCGGAGGUGGUGCGACGGUACUUUCCGGGCGGUUUGUUGAGGCACGACCGCGGCGGGCGGCCGGUCUGGAUCCUUCCCUUCGGAAACGGAGACUUCAGAGGAAUGCUACAGUGCGUGCCUCCACAGCAGAUUGCCGAUGAAGUCGUGUACACGCUUGAAAGAAUUCAAGAGGAGAAGCGGAAGCAAGUCGAAAAGAUGGGGACAAUCGAAGAUUCGAUGACCAUAGUGUUCGACUUCGAUAACUUUUCUCUCCGACAAGUCUACAGCCUACAAGUGAUCAACUGCGUUCGUAGUAUGAUGACCAUUUACGAGAGCCACUACCCUGAGACUCUUCACCGGGCACUGCUCAUUAACGCACCCGGCUUCUUCCCGAUAUUCUGGAAGCUCAUACGGCCCUUCCUGACGCAGAGAACGGUGAACAAGGUGCGCAUCCAUGGCAGGGAAGACUGGCAACCGGUGAUUUUGGAAUACAUUGACCCCAACCAGCUGCCCGUGCACUGGGGAGGACAACUCCGUGGUGCGGACGGCGACCCAAAAUGUUCCGACAUUGUCCGCCCCGGGGGAGAGGUGCCAUGCGAUCUUUACGCGGUGCACAGUCCGGGCCUGUGGACCGAGCCCGGCGCCAAGCAGUGUAGCCUUACCCGGGGAGCCGUCCUUGAGGUACCCGUGACCGUGGAGCGAGCAGGCGCAGUCCUGGACUGGUGUUUCCAGAGCAAGUCGAACGACCUGUGCUUCGGACUGUCUUUCCGGAGCGGCGGUCAGUCGAGCAGCGAAGUGCUGCCUUUGAGGAAGGUCAACUGCACCAUGUUUCCCGAGAGCGGCCAGCUCGAGUGCCAGGAGCCAGGAACAUACAUACUCAAGUUCGACAACAGUUCUAGCUGGUUCGCCAAUAAGGAGUUCUGCUACACUGUCAGUGUCAAGGACCAGAAAGACAAACUCAAUAGCGGGUCUGCGGAGAUCCAGUGUUGAUUGGUUGCGGAUGUCCACUGUGCGGGAAUGCGGCCCAACGCCCCCUAAACUCUGUUUCCUCUUACGAUGAAGUCUAGCGGACGCUGCGAGCUAUCCCAGCCAAUCCAGCUCUGUGAAGCCCUCACUAAAGUCACGUGACAUUAAGACAGUACUGGAUUGGCUCCGAUGGCUUGUAGUCUCCGCUGCGGUUCAUCGUAAGGUGAAAAGGAAUUCAAGUACAAGGCCUUUGCACUGUGUACCCUACAGAUAAUCAACAAAUCAUCAUCUGCCCGGACACAGCUAGGUAUUGGACCUCACAGUCAAGGUGUGAGAUAUUGGCCGCGCCCGCCGUUAUCGAACGUCAUGGGGAGUGGAAGUAGGCCUUGUGAGUACCUAGGUAGUGUUGAGCGGAACCGGAUGGGAACUGCCCGAUUUUGCGGGACCGGGUCAGGGGAGAGACAAGGCUCAAAUCAACCAGAGAUGACCACUGCGCCUUGCGGUUAUGUGCAACGCAAUUGCCCUGGGUCUGCGAGCGGGGUGAAGUCAAUGGUCGUAACGAGGACUGCUACAGUAAGAUAUGUAUGCGAAGCUAGUUUUACAGGGAUUCGCUUCCGACUAGAAACAUAAGUAAUUCCAGAUUAUGCUUCUACCCAGUGAUUGGUGCGUAUUAAAAAUUAUAAUAUCAAGAACGUU